AUGUUAUAUGACUUGGUAGAUCCAGCUCUCGAACUGUCCGAUCCAUGUCCUGACAUUCAUCUCUUAUUCAUCGACUUCAACGAUCGCUUCUUCGAAGGAACUCUGGCGCAAUGUGAAGUCAAAUGGAGUCCGAGAAUGUUUUCAUGUGCUGGUGUGUGUUCAUAUGAGGGACGCGGCGGCAUGUGCUCGAUUCGACUUAGCCUUCCACUUUUAAAGCUCCGCCCUCGGAAGGACCUCAUUGAGACGUUACUGCACGAAAUGAUACACGCUUUCCUUUUUGUAACGCAGAGAAAUCGUGAUAGAGACGGUCACGGACCGGAAUUCCAGCACCACAUGUACAGGAUAAAUCGGAUGGCAAACACAAAUAUCACCAUUUAUCAUUCAUUUCAUGACGAGGUGAACGUCUACAAACAGCAUAUUUGGAGAUGUGACGGUCCUUGUCGUGAUAGACGGCCAUUCUUUGGGUAUGUGAAAAGGUCUUCGAAUCGUGCUCCUGGUCCAAACGAUCUGUGGUGGAACUCCCAUAAGGCAAGCUGUAAUGGCACUUUUCAAAAGAUAAAGGAGCCUGAUGGUUAUGGUCAAAAGAAAAGGAAAAAACCAGACGAGAAAGAAAUACCCGAGAAGAAGCCAAUUGCAGUCAAUUCUCUUGAUCGAUACUUCUCCAAUUUGGGAAAAGGCCAGACGUGUGGAACUCUGAAUCGGAUAGAGGCAUCACCUUCCACUUCAACUAAGCCUGGUCCUUCAACGUCUACCUCGGUCGGCAAGAACAGAGGGAAAAGCAAGACUAGUAAAGACAAGGGAGAAAAGCAGGUUACACCCUCCAAGAAAACCGAUCCUUCAACUCAGCGGUCACCAACAUUAGACAUUUAUAUCGGGAUUAGCACUGGAAGCUCCAAGCCAACUCCUCGAGCUCUUCCGUCAUCAACUGCUGGAAGUGCUGACUGUCCGAUUGUAAUCGAGAGCGAUCCAACUCCUCAGUCAUCUUCUAUCUCUGCCGCGCCUACUGCAGGUAACUUGGAUGAGGUCGCCUUGAAUCGUAAUGUAAUAUGUCCUUCUUGUGGUGAAGAUGUUAUUGAGUACUUCAUCAAUGAUCACUUAGAUACCUGUAUAUUUCUACAUUAG